AUGCGGAGCGAAAUCAAGUGUGUCUAUCGAAUAAAUUUUAAGAAACCGAACAACAUUGGAUUGCUGCUGGGAUUCUCGUCGAAUCGGAUAUUGCAACCGCGAAAAUGGCACGAAUCGGACGUACUAGUCAAUAUUAUGAACGUGAACAUUAUUCGCAUAGAAUGUAAUGUGACCGCCGGUGCGUAUAGCAACAGUACGCAUGUGCACACGAUACAUGAAUUUUCGCUGCGCGUGCCACCAGGAUAUAAGAUAUCGGAAACACCUGCGCAGAUCAUUUACCUGCCGAUCAUCGCACGGUGCAUUACGGAUCUGACGUUACGUGUUGUGGAUCAAGACGGGCGAUUACUUGAUUUUCGCGAGUACAAAGUACCUAAUCGCGGGGAAAAAAUGAUUGACAUUUUGAAUAUUGGAGGUGAGCCAGUCUUCGACGAUCGCAUCGUCAAGAUUGAGACUCAUACGUAUAAUCCGUACGCCAACACGCUGUUUGGACACAGCGAUGAGAUACGAAUACCCAUACAGCAGCAAGAUUUGUAUAUCUUACCGUGUCAGAGCUUUCUGUACGUCGAGGGCAAACUAACGACAAACAGAGCCAUUGAGGACUCUAAUGUGGUAUUGGGGAAUAAUUGCGUGGCGUUCAUGUUCGAUGAGAUACGCUACGAACUUGACGGAGUGGAAAUUGAUCGCAACAAAAAUGUUGGAAUGACUUCGACAUUCAAAAACUAUACAUUGUUAACACUCGACAGAGGCGUGACCUUGGGUAAUGCCGGUUGGGAUACAUAUAUUGACAAUGUGAACGGAAAUUUUAAUUUUUGUGUACCGCUCUCUAUAUUACUGGGAUUUUGCGAGGAUUACAAACGCGUGGUGAUCAACGCUCGUCAUGAGCUGAUUCUAAUACGAUCGCGCAACGACAACAAUAGUCUACUGGACGAUCCCGCGCUGGAGCCAAAGAUUGAGCUGCUCGAGAUACAGUGGCGAAUGCCGCAUGUGUUACUGAAUGAAGUCAAUAAGCUAUCGAUGCUACGAGCCUUGGAGAGCGGACGAUAUCUGAGCAUGACAUUCCGAUCGUGGGAUCUGUACGAGUUUCCUUUACUACAGAGCACCACCAAGUACUCGUGGACUGUCAAGGCCGCGAGUCAGCUGGAGAAACCGCGAUACGUGAUCUUUGCAUUGCAGACUGGGCGAAAAAAUGUAAUGUCCCAGGAUGUUGCUAUAUUCGACGACUGCAAAUUAACCAACGUGAAAUUGUAUCUAAACUCGGAAUGUUAUCCAUACGACGACCUGAAUUUGGAUUUUGAGAGGAACAAAUACGCCAUCCUUUACGACAUGUAUUCACGUUUUCGUAGGGCGUAUUAUGGAUGCGACUGCGCCGAGGCAUAUUUGACCACUACCAACUUUCUUCUUCGCGGUCCUUUCGUGGUUAUCGAUUGUUCGCGACAGAACGAGUCGAUCAAGAGCGCUACCGUAGAUGUACGAUUGGAGUUUGACUGCAAAGAGAAUAUACCUGCGAAUACUACCGUCUACUGCCUCAUAAUGCACGAUCGCGUGGUCGAAUACGGUCCAUUGACCAACGUUGUGCACAGAAUUGUGUAA